CCUGGACCUGAGACCAGCAUGUGGUUUAGUUCCUGCUGUUUCUAACAGUGUUAGAUCACUGUAGGAGCUGGGAGUCCUGUCCCUCUGUCUCCUGACAGAGUGGUGGCUUUGCCACAGCAAGAUGUCACACGAAGUGAGAGUUAGCCCAGGGUUGUCUGAUCCAUGGGGAAUUGAGCACAGGGAGAAGGCAAAGCACGAAAAACAAGUAGAUGACACUCCUCCUGCAGGCAGAGAGGAGUAUCCUCUCCUUCUGCAGGGCUUUGCUUCACUCUUGCGGGGUUUUGUUUACUAUAGUUUUGCUCUUUAAGCACAAAAGGUGCUUUUCCAGCUGGAGAGCUGCUGUCCUGGGUGUGCAGGGAGCUCUGUCACUCUUGCUGCUGCCCUUACAGAGGCCCAGCAACCUUCAGGAGAUGCAUGUCCUUUUCUUUCCUGCUGUGUAGUCAGCUUUAUGGCAGUGGAGCAAACUGUGUGGCCCCAUUUAUUGCAGAUUGUGGGUAGGAGUUGCAGAAGUGAGAACUGGCAUGGCUGUGACAUUGCUGUAAAACAGGAUGACUGCUUUACCUGUAUCCAUCAAUCUCUUGUGGAAGGGAAGAGCACCAGGCUGUUCCCAACAGCUUCUGACACGGCAGGUCAUCGUGUCUGCUGAUGAGAAAUGUGGUCUCUCCUUCACCCAGUUCUUCCCUUCCUACUUUGCACUGGGCUGCUUGGGCAGGGCCAGUGGGCUGGGCCCUGGUCCUCCCUGGGCUCCCAGCACUCCAGGGGCUGAGGGUCCCUGAGCCCCUCCAGCCAUGCAGUGAGUGGGGAGGCAGCUGGAGUCCUUGGCUCUCUGCAGGGGCACUGCUUAGCUGGGAUCUGUCCUGGGUCCACCGGUCAGCACCCUGCUUUCUGCAUGAAUCUGACUCUGGGUGAUGGAGGUCUUGGGCUCUAGGGGGUGAUUUAAUCUGUCCUGUUUUCUUCUCUGCAGGUAGGCAGGAGCCCCCCGUGGCCGAGUGAGGCAGCAUGGCAAUGUUCUUGGGGGCCAGGAAUGCCCACUCGGUCCUGAAACGCUUUCCCAGAGCCAAUGGCUUCCUGGAGGAGAUCCGUCAGGGCACCAUCGAGCGGGAGUGCAUCGAGGAGGUCUGCAGCUAUGAGGAGGUCAAGGAGGUGUUUGAGAACAAGGAGAAGACGAUGGAGUUUUGGAAGGGCUACACCAACUCUGUCUACUCUGUCAAGGACCCUGGGCACAGCACGGAGCGCUCUGAUGCCAUGUAUGUGGUGGUGCCCCUGCUGGGAGUGGCCCUUCUGAUAGUCAUCGCCCUCUUCAUCAUCUGGAGGUGCCAGCUCCAAAAGGCCACCCGCCACCGCCCUUCCUACGCCCAGAACCGUUACCUGGCCAGCCGGACGGGACGCAGCCUGCCCAGGGUCAUGGUGUACCGGGAGCGCUCCCAGAGCCAGGGGGAAACCCCGUACCAGCGGGAAGCCAGCACCCGGGGGGCUGGAGACGGCAGAGCUGGGGGCACCCCCCCCCAGCAAGACAACACCCUCUGCCCGCCAGAGCACUCGGUCUCCAUCCUCUCCAGACUGUCCAGUGCCACCCCUCCGCCUUCCUACGAGGAGGUGACGGGCCACCCCGAGAGCAGCAGUGGGGAGGAGACCAGCGUCUCCUACAAUGACCCGCCGCCCAAGUAUGAAGAGAUCGUGGCCACUGCCCCUGCCACGGGCAAAUAGCGGGUCUGCCUCCCUCCUGCCUCCUCACACACUCACACCCACCCACCCUCCCUUCGCCGUGCCUGGGACCCCCUCCCGGUGUCCGUCGGGCCCCCGCCUCACCUGUACAAGCUGGUGCCAUCACACAAUAGCCUUACCCUCCUAACCAAAAAUAGCUGUCCCCAGGUGGGGUGAGGCCGGGCUGUGGGGGUGGCUCUGGAGCCAGCCAGCCAUCUCCUGCCCCUCACUCCCCACUCACGUAAGUGCUGUAGCAGCCAGAGCCGAGCAGCAGCUUGUUCCUGGCUCAACGCGGGGGUCUCCCCAUGGUGCAUUUGAUUCCCUCACUUCCCCCUCGAGUAGACAUAACAUUUCCCAUGAUUAGAACAGCCUCGCUGCCUCCCUGGGCUGCUGCCCAGCCUCGCCCCAUGUCCCCACUGGGCCCUGUUCUGCUUGGGGCUCUGAUUAGGGAUCCUGGGGAUGCAGGAUUGGUGUGGCAAACUUCUGUCCAUCCUCACAGUUGGUGUCCACGCUCUCUGUUUGGGGAGAUGGUUCUUCCCCUGUGUGGAUUUGUUGCCAAGUGGGAGUGAGGAGCCCGGUCCAUACUCUGGUGCCUGUAGCAAUAUUUGCUGUCUGGAGAUCAAGGAGGAGCAGUAAGGAAGGUGUUCUCCUAGAUCCCUUUGAAAAGGGGGAAGGGCUCACGGUGGUCUUGUACCUGAGGUAAGUGGCAUUGGAGCAGCAGAGUCUUUUCCUGAUGCUCUCUGCUUUCCCCCUCUGGGUUGCUGGGCAGCUGGAGGUUUGGCUGUGGCAGAGCUGGCCAAGAGGGUCAUCUUUGAUCCCAAGCCAGACAUGGUCCCAUGGCUUUAAGUGGUGAGGAUGCUUCUCUCUCCUGGAGUGUGGCCUGCCUGGUGUCUGCCCCAGAGGUGGGAUUCUGGCACAGAGAGCCUGUGGACAGGCCAAACCUCCCCUCUCCCUACCCCAAUCCGCCCUGCCUGACCCCUCUUUUUGGGGUUCUUUCUCCUCCAGACCAGGUAAAGGGGAAUGUGAGGCCCCACUCUCCUGGCUCCUCUGGUGGGCAGAGUGCUCGGUGGGCAGGGCUGUGGAUGGGGGGCUUGCUGACAGGGGUGGGAGCCAUGAGACCAUGGCUCAACCUGGCCAUGCCAGGCGGGAGCAGGGAGGUUGUGGAGCCAGGGCAAGGCAGAGCUGGGUGCUUUGCUGUGACACCAGAGUAUCCCUUUUUCCUGGGCAGCUGCCUUUGGGGUCCAAACAACGGGGCUGUCCUUUCUCCUUUCCCAGUCAUGUCUGAUGGAUUAAAAUGGGGGUUGUGCUCACCAGCCCCCCAGAAACUUCCAGCACUGCCACCACUCGGUGUUCACCCCAGCACCAGUCUCUCCACCAGCACCUAAAGGCUAUUGUCCAUCCAUAGGUGGCCUGCAUCCUGCUCGGUCCCAGUGAUGCUCUCGCAGCAGGUGCCCUCAGCCCAGAGCUGAGACUUGCCCAGCGUGGCUUUCCCGGGGCAGGACAUGCUGGCACCUUGUCUGUCCCCUCCCCAGCCUUAGCAAAUCAAGGUUAUGGGGAGACCAGAGCCUGGAAAAGACCGGAGGGAGACAGCAGGGCUCUCUGCAUCCUCUAUCUUUGAUGCUCAGUCAUUAUCCCUGCAGUUUGUACUCUGUAAAACUUGGUAUAUUUCUGUGCAAAAAAAAAAAAAAAGGUAUUUAUUAAAAAACCCUCACUGUCUUAGCGGCACAGGG